CCGCCCAAUGCCGCGGUGUGAUAUGAGUUUAGUGCGGAGGGUGCGGCGGUUCGCGACACACUGACGCCAGGCGCGAGCACAUCGAGUUGGACCGUAUGAAUGCUUUGAAGGAGCGCUUUGCACAAGAUACACUGGAUAAUCUUGGCUAGCUGUGGAACAACACAUCUUUUAACACUCCCUGUUUCACCCCACUUGAGUUUUUGAUACUCUUGGGGAAGGCAGAGCAGGGUUUCCCUUGUUUCUUGGUCAUAGUCAUCAAAACCCUAGACCCCUACAGAGAAACUGUGACAGUGUUAACUGGGGCGCACGUGGCGCCACAAUGAACGUCACCUCGCUCUUUUCCUUUACCAGCCCAGCGGUCAAGCGAUUGCUGGGAUGGAAGCAAGGCGACGAAGAGGAGAAGUGGGCAGAGAAGGCAGUGGACGCACUGGUCAAGAAGCUAAAGAAGAAGAAGGGUGCCAUGGAAGAGCUGGAGAGGGCCCUCAGCUGCCCUGGUCAGCCCAGCAACUGUGUCACUAUCCCUCGCUCGCUGGAUGGUAGGCUUCAGGUGUCACACCGUAAAGGGCUACCUCACGUCAUCUACUGUCGCGUGUGGCGUUGGCCUGACCUGCAGUCCCACCAUGAGCUCAAGGCCUUGGAGUGCUGCGAGUUUCCCUUCGGAUCUAAGCAGAAGGAUGUGUGCAUUAACCCUUAUCACUACAAGAGGGUCGACAGUCCAGUAUUGCCGCCAGUACUGGUGCCACGAAACAGUGAGUUCAAUGCUAAACUCUCCAUGUUGCCACGUUUCCGCAACCCACUGCACCAGACGGAGCCCCUCAUGCCUCAUAAUGCCACAUAUCCUGACUCCUUCAACCAGCAGCCAGCAAACGCCCCUCCCUUUACACCAAACUCACCAACCAACAGCUACCCUAGCUCGCCCAACAGCGGCACAGGCAGUACUGCCACAUUCCCCCAUUCACCAUCCAACUCGGACCCAGGCAGCCCAUUUCAAAUGCCAGAAUCCCCCCCACCUGCUUAUAUGCCCCCAGAGGAGCCAAUGACACAGGACUGUCCUCAACCAAUGGACACAAAUCUUCUAGCUCCAAACAUGCCUACCGAAAUCAGCAACCGGCCAGAUGUUCAGCCUGUGGCCUAUCAGGAACCCAAGCACUGGUGCUCCAUUGUGUACUAUGAGCUGAAUAAUCGUGUGGGAGAAGCAUUCCUGGCGUCCUCCACCAGUGUGCUGGUGGAUGGCUUCACCGACCCUUCCAACAACCGCAAUCGCUUCUGCCUGGGUCUGCUGUCCAAUGUCAACCGCAACUCCACCAUUGAGAACACCCGACGCCACAUUGGAAAAGGAGUCCAUCUUUACUAUGUAGGUGGAGAGGUGUAUGCUGAAUGUUUGAGUGACAGCAGCAUCUUCGUUCAGAGUCGCAACUGCAACUAUCACCACGGUUUCCACCCCACCACUGUCUGCAAGAUCCCCAGUCGCUGCAGCCUCAAAAUCUUCAACAAUCAGGAAUUUGCAGAGCUCCUGGCACAGUCUGUCAAUCACGGUUUUGAAGCUGUCUAUGAACUAACAAAAAUGUGCACCAUCCGUAUGAGCUUUGUAAAGGGUUGGGGUGCAGAGUACCAUCGGCAGGAUGUGACAAGCACUCCAUGCUGGAUUGAGAUUCAUCUUCAUGGUCCCCUGCAAUGGUUGGAUAAAGUCCUCACCCAGAUGGGAUCACCUCACAACCCCAUUUCUUCUGUAUCCUAGGCAGGGCUGAUAAGAAGGCAAUGGCUGGAGGAACCCUGUCAAUCUAGGUUCCCAUGGAGCAGUUGAUUGGUUUAGGGAGGUUGGGCGGGUUUUGUAUUUUACUUGAAGGCAGUUUGAUUGGGGGCAUAAAAUUUGUCUGAAGAAUCCUCAGUUCUUAGCUUGAGAGAAUCUCAAAGAUACUUGACAACUUUGUGUGACCAAGCAUGUUAAACGAUGAGGCCAUCAUACUUGUGGCAAGUAUCAUCUGUUGGUCUUGUGAAAGAAAUUGGGUUUUUAGCUGUUUGUUUUCAUUGUUUUUUUAAGCAUUUCUUUUCCUUUUCCAGUUUACAUCUCAGUAUUCCAUUGGGGACAAAAGAUCUGCAUCGCAGUAUAGAGGCUAUUACAGAGUUGUACAUAUACAGAGUAGUGUUGGGUGGUCUUAGAUGAAUUCGUCUGGUAGACAAAAAAAUUAGAUAAACUAAUUCAGAAAUAUUAUGCUUUAAAUGAACUGAAUGGCAUGCGGCUGUGUGAAGAAACGAGGUCAAUUAUGCAAAAAUUCUUCCAGUCGUCUUUCUAUGAUAUAUCGGUCUUGGAUAAAAGAUUAAAAUGUAGCAAAACGGACAAAAAAUGUCUAAUGUAGAAAGAAAAAUGGAUAUAUUUGAAUACGCAACACUUUCAAAUGGGAAAACGUAUGGGGGUUAGGGCAUGAUUGUAGCGGGAAGGGGGGCAUGAGCAAACUCAUGCGUAUGUUGCUCUACUUUUAUCACAGUUGUGUUUGACUGAAGUAGUGUGUAAAUGUACUUAUUAGUAGAGGAAGUGCUGUGCAAAAUCAGUUUUUUUGCAAGUGUGGUUUGAUCCGCAGGAUUGUAAGUCUAUGAUUUGUAUGAGAGCAGAGGCAGGCAUCGUUUACUUUGUCCAUAUGUUGUGCACUGUGCUGCACAAAAAAAUGUCCUCUUUUUUGCCUGAGAUGCUAUGAAUUGUCUGUUUUCAUAAAAACACCCUUAGAAAAAUAUGCAUAAUUUUGUGUAUUCUGCAUUUUAGAGUAAAAUAGUUCUAAAUGGCACUAGUGAUAUUGUUUUGUAAAAAAUUCGCUUUUUGAUUAACAUGCUUUCAGAUUUUUUAUUCCUAGUGAAAUCCCAUCCACUGUUAAAAUGUAAACAUUUUUGUAUUUUUUUGAAGAAAAUAUAUUGUUGUCCUUCAUAUCUGCACUUUCAUAAGUGGCUUCUUGUCUGUUUGUCUCUUUUUUGUGCUGUUCUUGCUUGUACUCUAAGAAAACAGUUUUAUUCCAUGAAUAUCAAGGCUCUACCCGAAGAAUCAAUAAAGUUGUUUCAUUAUCACUCUC